AGGACAUAGCAGAGGAACUGAGAUGAGGGUUGGUCUUGUCAAAUGUCAACUGACACGCAUCUCAACCUAAACAGGCUCGCACGCUUUCAGCCAAACCACUGACACACACUGCACUGGGCUAAGUUGAUAUUCAGAAAUGCAGAGGAAAAAUAUCAAAUGAGUUGAUACUGAAAGACCCCAUGGACCUUCAGCUAUGAGACACAAAUGGAAUGUAGCUCACCACUGGUAGUGAACAACCCAGAGGUCCAAUGGCCUAUUCACCCCACGGUUGGUGGUCUAUCCUCAUUGGCAUCACUUUGCUGUGUGCCAUAGGGUCUAGCAGAGCUGAUAAGCCAUGUACUGCAUCAUCCAGCAUUGGGGACCUGGUCCUUCUGGGCUCCAGCUUCCAGGUGUUCUGUACCUAUCAGGCCAGCUGCAGAGCUUCCAAAUCAAUGCACAUCGACAAGAAGAAAACACAGAAAAUACAGCCCUACAACUCUACAACUAUAUUCCUCAAUGUGACAAACAUAAGUAAAAACACAACGUACACCUGCCUGUGUGAAGGAGAACCUGAGCCUUGUGGACUCGAUAUUGAUACUGGAUACACACCUGACCUGCCAGAAAAUGUAACCUGUGUCCAGAAAGGUCCAGUUGGAGAGGUGAUGUGUACAUGGAGGAGAGGAAGGGAAACUCACCUGACAACCACUUCAGAGCUCUGGGUGAGAGCUGUGUUUGGUAACAGCACAUCAGGAUCUGUAUCCUACCCUGGUUCUGGUUCCAGGUCUGAUCCUGGUCUAGUCUCAGCUAAUUUCCCUGUGUCUGGUUCUGCCCAGACUGAAUACUCCGUAUGGGCCAGCUCCUCCAACAAGCUGGGCUCUGCUGUGUCCACCACCCUCAACUUCACACUCGACCACAUUGUGCAGCCCUUGCCCCCUGAUGUGUCCCAGGUAGAGUGCUGGUCGCUGGGCUGUAAUGUCAGGGUGGAGGAGGCUCAGGGAGCUCAGCUCCUGGAGGUCCAGCAGAGAACCGCCCAGGGACCAGGACCAUGGAUAUUACACCCACACACCGCAGGUUCAGUGUGGAACCAGUCCAUUGUGUCUCUGCAGCCCUACACGAAGUAUGAGUUCCAGGCCAGGGUCAGACUGAGCCAUAGGAGAGGCAUCUGGAGUGACUGGAGCCAACCCGCCUCUAACUGGACACAGGAGGAGGCACCUGCCAAGGCUCUGGAUGUGUGGUACACAACCUCCAACUCUCCCAACAACUCCAUCACUUUGUACUGGAAGAGGCUGAGUCACACAGAGGCCAGAGGGGAGAUCAGGGGUUACAAGGUGAUAGUUCACGACACCCUGGCAGGGAAAUCUGAGCGCAACACCUCCAUUAAUCAUAUUUCAGGCCUGCCCUGCUCUCGCUGUGAUGUCACUGUCUACGCCCUGAACUCCAGAGGUUCCUCACCCCCUGCCCGUGUCACCAUUCCCCUCAGAGCAGCCCAGCCCCCUCAGAAUGUGAUGUGUAGAAAUCACAGUAACCACAGCGUCACCAUCUCCUGGCGGAGGCCUGUAACUGCAGGAGCAGCCAGUGGGACAGGGGAUGGGGCAGUAAGUGGCUACCUGCUGGAAUGGUUCCCUGUUGGCAGACAGGUGGAGAAGCUCGGGUGGAAGAGACUGGGUCCUAAUGAAACCCAUACUGUCAUUAGUGAUAACAUUAAGCCGUUUGAGUGCUAUGAGGGAGCAGUUUAUGCUCUGUAUGAGCAAGCAGUGGGCAGGGCCCAGUUUGAAGACUUCUACACCUUGGAAUUAGUACCUUCCGCGGGUCCGUCUGUCCAUCAGCCGGUGGUGGAGGGGGACAAAGUGACCGUUUCCUGGUCAGAGGUCCCUCAGGAACACAGGCGGGGCUGUGUCAUCAACUACACCAUCUAUGUGAAAAACUCAGAGGGAAAAGACGUUGGAAACUACGUCUGCAGAGCAUCAGAGAGGUCCUUCACCAUCAGGGACCUUCCCCCUGAGUACUACCGUCUAUGGAUGACCGCAUCGACUGCCUCAGGACAGGGCCCCAGAGCCGGACACUCCUUCAUCAUCAAACCUCAAAGUUUGCUUUCAGACAGCUGGAUUUAUACCAUGGUCCUGGUAGGGAUCACCUCCUUCCUGGUGUUCUUUGUCCUGCUGUGCCUGUACCAGGUCUCCUCGCUAAGACGACGAGUCUCAACACUCGUCCACUGCCUCAUGCCAGAUAUCGUCCCUGAUCCUGCCAACAGCAAAUGGGCAAAGGAGUGUGCCAAAGAGAAGGGUGAGUUGACCCUACACCUCUACCUCAGUGAGUCUAGUGUCAGUGAAGAGGAGGAGCCAGACACUGUGGAGGUCCAGGAGCUGCCUGAGGGCAGUUGGAGCUCAUGGAACCCAGCACAGCGCACUGACAUCUCCGGAACUCCAGAGGGUGCUAUUCACCCCUCCUUACACCUCCUCUUCAUGCCCCAGCAGAUCCCUGCGACAGACCCGUCAACAACAGCCUACUUCCAGAGCUCCUACCUCAAGAGCUUCUCCCAGGAGUCAGGCUCCUCAGGCCAGACACAGGAUUCCCAGGGAACAGAUAUGACUGUAGACUACAUCUCAACACACAUCCUAGAGGGCAGAGAGGAGAAGGAAGAGGAAGGUCUGGAUGUGAUGGGAUUCUUCUCCUGUCCUCAGAACCCCCUGAGUCCGUUCAUGAACCCUUUGGUGUCUUUCGGAGGGAAGCUGACUCUGGAUGCGGUCAGGAUCGACUGCAGUGAGUUCUUAGACUGAUGGGUUAGACUGAUAGCCAUAUAAAAUAACCCAAGGAGCAGGUUGUGUGAAGACCCUGUGUAAUCUCAGUGUAUCAUGACUUUGAUUCUCACUAACCAACAAUCAUUAUAAACAGUUAUAUUGCAUUACAGUACAAUAGUACACUAUCUAUCAGAGAUGGGAGACUACAGACCUCGGGGUCCAUAGUGGUGUAACACUUUUUCACCAUAGCAAACACUAAUUGCAUUCUAAACUGAAGAUGACAAUGAGUUGAUUUUUGGGGUCAGGUGUUAGCUGGGGCAAAAGUGUGACAUCAAUCCGGCCCCCGAGGACUGGAGUUGCCCAUCCUAGAUCUAUGUCUUGGAUAACACAAAAGAUCAAUACAAUACAACUCACCUGUCACAUUUCCCCCAGUUUACAGGGACUGUAAGCAAUGAGCUUUUCUGAAAUAAACCAUGGGAGUUAUGUAAAGUGCA